CAGAGGCAAAUAACAGUUUCUUUAAAGCACGCUCUGCUCCAAAAUCAGAAAAACCUGUUUCCGACUUAUAAACCUCUCAGUUCAUAAGGCUCCACAAAACCCUACAAUCUCUCUGCUCGCCAACAAUGGCGGAACCGAGCGUGUUGACUCGGCAUAUUGAGUCAUACGUCGACACGACUCGCUCUCUAAACGAACAGGCGGCAAGCUUGGAUUCUAUCAUUUCUCUUGUAAAGAAUGGCUUAGUAACUAUUGAAAAACUGGUCAGAGAGAUGGACAUGUAUCUGACCACCACAGAUCAUGUCAUCCGUGCAAGAGGUAUUCUUCUUCUUGCGGAAUUGCUUACAAAUCUUUCAUUAAAGCCACUCGACAAUGUCACAAUUCAUAGCUUAAUUGAUUUCUUCGCAGAUAGGCUGGUAGAUUGGAGAACUUUACGUGGGGCUCUCGUUGGUUGCUUGGCAUUGCUGAGGAGAAAAAGUGAUGCUGGUAUGGUGCCUGCCACUGAUGCAAAAGCAGUUGCUCUGUCUUACGUAAAGAACCUCCAGGUGCAAUCUUUAGGUCAGCAUGAUAGGAAGCUUUGCUUUGAACUUCUGGAGUGCCUUUUAGUAACCUAUCCCAAUGAGGUCGCUUCACUGGGUGAAGACAUCAUAUAUUCAGUCUGCGAAUCCGUGGAUGGAGAGAAGGAUCCUCAUUGCUUGAUGCUAGUAUUUCACAUUAUUCCGGCUUUGGUUGGACUAUUUCCAAACCCAUCUGGGUCACUUGCAAGUUUUCCUAGAGAUCUUUUUGAAGUUUUGGGCUGUUACUUUCCCAUACAUUUUACUCAUCAUAAGGUAGAGGACGUUGAUGUGAAAAGAGAUGACCUGUCAAGGGCCCUAAUGAUAGCAUUCUCAUCAACACCUCUUUUGGAGCCAUUUGUCAUUCCCUUGCUUCUUGAAAAACUCUCUUCUUCUCUGUCAUCAGCAAAGAUUGAUUCUUUGAAAUAUUUAAGCUAUUGCUCAAUAAAGUAUGGAGCAGACAGGAUGGCAAGACAUGCAGGAAUUCUUUGGAGUUCUAUAAAAAACGCAAUAAGCACUUCAUUGAAGGAGCCUACUGAAUCUUUUUACUCAGAAUCGAUAGAUGGUCUUGGCUUUCAGGAGAAUGAAGUUGUAUCUGAAGCUCUAGUGCUGUUGGAAACAGUUGUCAUGCAAAAUAACAAUUUACUUUUAAGUAUGAUUGUGGAUGAUGAAGAUAUAAGUACUGUUUUUAACACCAUGACAAGUUAUGGGCGUUAUAAGGAUAUUCCUUUGCAAGGCAAACAGAGGUUACAUGUGGUUGGUCGCAUUCUAUAUAUUACCACAAAGACUUCUAUUGCUUCCUGUAAUAGAGUGCUUGAAACGUUCUUUCGCCCUUUGGUGGAUAUCUUACAGCUUUCCAUUAGAAGUUCAUCCAGGGAUUGGUUUCUAAAUUUUGGAGCCCUAUAUCUCUGUAUGGAACUCCUUGCAGCGUGCAGAGAUUUGGUUAUAUACUCUAGGGAGCUUGCGUCAAACUCUAUUCCAGCUCAUGAGACAUUUUGUUGCAUCCUUCAGAGUUUUUGUGUUUCUCUAAUUGAUGCCCUCUGUUCUAUCCUUGAAACAACUGCUAAUGAAGGUGCUGAUGAUGUGGAUAUUUACCUCCGAGUGAGGAGCUUGCAGAUCUUGGCCACAUUUCCUGAAGAUCUUUUAGCAAUAUCGGAUAAUGUAUUCAAGAAUAUUUUAACAACACUCAUGUCAAUCAUCUUCAAAGAUUUCAACCAGAAAUUUUUAUGGAAGCUCGCCUUGAAGGCAUUAGUUCAUAUUGGCUCUUUCGUUAGUAGAUAUGAGUCUGAGAAGGCACAGAGCUACAAUUCUAUAGUUGUUGAAAAGAUGGUUUCCUGGGUUUCUGUUGAUAAUUGUACCUUACCUUUUCCACUCAAACUGGAAGCAGUCUCUGAAAUUGGUGCAAGUGGGCGAAAUCAUAUGCUGAAUAUUGUUCAAGGGUUGGAAGGCGCUAUAUUUUCUUACGUAUCUGAUUUUUAUGUACAUGGAAAUGUGAGCUCUGCCGAAGUAGCAAUUCAACUUCUGCAAUUCUAUUCUGAAAAGGUUAUUCCGUGGAUCCAUGAAACUGAAGGUCUUGAAGAAAUCCUGUUGCGCUUUGCUACUAACAUUUGGGACCACGUGGAAAGUUGGAUAUCUUGCAAUGUUGAGGUUCAGGAAAAAGGGCUUUUGGAUGCAAUAAUGAUGGCAAUGAAGCUUACUGUUGGGAGUUGUUCAGAAGAAAUCCAGUACAUCAUACUCCAGAAGGCCUAUACUGUACUUUCUUCAAAUACAUCUCUUCUAUUGAAGAAAUCCUCGUUGACUUCCAUUCCUGUCCAACUUGAAGAGUCACAACUUAUUCAGCAUGUAGACAAUAUCUCCCACAGAGAUGAAUUGGUUCUAUCAUUAUUUGCUUCAGUAAUUAUCGCAGUUCGGCCAAGAACAGAAAUUCCAAACAUGAAGGAAAUACUUUAUUUAUUUCUGACAACCCUCCUCAGGGGACAUGUUCCUUCAGCUCAGGCUUUGGGUUCUAUGAUCAACAAAUUUGAUACGAAAGCCAAGAGCACUGAGAUCUCAAGGGAGUCCACUUUGGAAGAUGCAAUGGAUAUAAUUUUCAAAACAAAAUCAUGGUUUUUUCGUGACAAUGAAGUCUUACAGAGGAAUGGCAAUGGAAUGGGUCUUAAGGAUUUAUGCCUUGGUCUCAUGAACAAUAUACAGCUUCAAGUCCAUGCCAUAGUUGGACUAGCAUGGAUUGGGAAAGGUUUACUUCUGCGUGGUCAUGAAAAAGUAAAAGAUGUAAUCAUGACUCUUUUGGAGUGCUUAAUGCCAGACAGCAGUACUCGUGCUGCAAAGUUGAAGCAGGAUUCGUUCGAAAACAUUCUUGAGCAAGAUUUCCAUCCCUCUGUAAGAAGAAGUGCUGCAGAUGCCUUUCAUAUUCUUAUGAGUGAUUCUGGAGUUUGUUUGAAUAAAAUAUUUCAUGCGAUAAUACGUCCACUCUAUAAGCAGCAUCUUUUCUCAGUAGUGAUGCCUCUUUUGCAGUCUUUACUAAAGAAUUUUGAUCCAUCCUUUUCAAGAUCUAUGCUGUAUCGGGCCUCUGUGCAUAUCAUCGCAGAUGCUCCUCUAAUAGUUGUCGUGAGUGAAGCUAAGAAGCUAAUAUCAUUACUGCUGGAGGGAUUAUCUAUUUUAAGUGAGGAUAUUCUAGAUAAGGACCAGCUCUACAGUCUUUUGCUAGUCUUAUCUGCAAUAUUGACUGAUAAAAAGGGAGAGGAAGCUGUCAUAGAGAAUGCACAUUCUGUUAUCAACUGCCUAAUUGGACUGAUUGCUUACCCUCAUAUGAUGCUUGUUCGAGAGACAACAAUUCAAUGUCUUGUUGCCAUGUCUAAGUUGCCCCACACAAGAAUCUACCCCAUGAGAACAAAGGUAUUACAAGCUAUGUCAAAGGCACUUGACGAUCCGAAGAGGGCUGUUCGUCAGGAAGCUGUCAGAUGUCAGCAAGCGUGGGCGUCAAUUGCAUGAGUAUAGACUAUAGAAGAGCAUUCAUUUUUACAAGGAUGAUAGAGCUUCCCGCAGAGUAUACAAGAUUCAUAUCUUGUUUGUGAUUAUCUAGCAUUGUAUAUAUGUUCAUCAACACUAAGUGCUCUGAAAUUUUGUUUCUAGCUUCUCUCUUUCUCUGCAAAUUAUUUGUUUAUAGUUGAAUUAAAAUUCUGAGUGAUGGUUGAUUUCAUUCUUGGUCGGUAAUCUCACGAUCCUUUUAAGUGCUCAAAUGCAACAUCAGUGGGAGAGUCGUAUCAUAUAUGCCCUUUUUAUUUAAUAAUAAU